AAUUCCUGGUGGCAAAUUCAUAAUGGGCACCAAUGACCCCAUUUUUCAUGCUGAUGGUGACACCCUGCCAGAUGGAUAGAGAUAGAUACUUUUUAUAUGGAUGCUCAUGAAGUAUCUAAUGCAGAAUUUGAGAGGUUUGUUAAUGCAAACAGCUACAAGACAGAAUUGGCCGUCUCCCACCGAGGCAGGGUGACCCAAAAAGAAAGAAAAUCCCGCAAAAGAAAAUACUUUCAUCAUCAUUCAACACUUUCACCUCACUCACACAUAAUCACUGUGUCUGCAGAGGUGCUCAGAAUACAACAGUUUACAAGCAUAUAUGUAUAAAGAUACACAACAUAUCCCUCCACUGCCAGUAUCGAAAAUUGACAAAUGAUUCUGCUCUUGACUCUCGCCCAGGCAGGUCAUAGCAGCUCUCCUUACUUACUCUGUCUCCCUACGAUCCCCGUUGGGGAGGGGAACCUUUACCAGCGUUGUCAUCGCCUUGAAUUACACGAUGAGCUACACAAAUCGUGUAAAGAUCAAACCAAGAAAUGGUACAGUUGAUGAUUCAACGAAGAUUGCUCUUGCAACUGUUGUUCAGGUAGCACUGGAAGUAAAAUUCAACACCAUAUUGUCACUGAAAGAAGCAUUCAUUUUUGUGUGUCACGAUGAUGCUGAAGCAGAGAAGUUACUUACUACAGAAGCCACCACUACUCUUACUGCUCAAGGGUUUACUGUUACAUCAUCUCCUGCCCUCAGGGCAAGGAAAUCAGUAUUCCUUAAAAAACUUGACAAGAUUCUGACUUCUCAAUCAACUGCUGAACUCAAGUCAUCCAUCGAGACGCAAAAUACUUGGGCUACUGUUGACAGCAUUACAAAAAUCCCAAAUGCAACGUCCAUGCUCAAGGUCACCUUCACCGACGUGAACAUGGCUGCCACUGCUCUGAACGAAGGUCUUGCUGUCUACUACUGUAUCAGUCCUACGUACAUUGAAGCAAGAGAUACCACUACAUUCAACAUUGCUGGAACUGUUAUUCAUACCAUCACACCACCAAAGCAUGUCCAGUAAAAGAAAAGAAGUUCUGCACUACAUGUGGUAGUGAGGGACACACCUUCAGUUCCUGCACCGCUGCUGCUCCAUCACAUCCAGCGUGCUUAAACUGCAAGAGUAAUGACCACCAUACACUGGCAGCAAAAUGUCCUACAAGAAAGGAUAUUAUGAAGAAAACACAAGAUGCAGCAAAGAAAAAACCUACAAGCAACACUCCAACGUAUGCAGCAAUUGCAAAGAUACAAGCAAACACUACAAAAUUACUUCAAGCAUCUACUCAGCCCGCCUCCACCAUCAUCACUCCUCCAACAUGUGACGUAACCAAGAUCUACUACUGCUUACUAUACGCUCACAUGCAGAACAUGGCUGUACCUGGAUCAUUUAACUCUACCAUCAACGAGUUAUUUGCAUUAAAUAACAUGCCUUCAUUUACAUUUCCAGCAUCUCCACCUUCUGAAGAAAUUCUCAAAUUCACCAAAAACUUAAUCGCCAAGUCUUCUGCAGAAGUCCCAUCAACACCACCAACUAGUGACGUCACUCCAGCAAUGACCAAUGAGAAGCCUCCACCGCCACCACCUCUCACUGAAUCCAACCAAUCAGAAGCCUUACCACCAGAAACAUCUUCUAAUUCGUCUACUGAAGUUGAAAAUGAAGCAACGCCACCUUCCUCUACUCCACCACCGCCUUCUCUACUUAGCUCACGUCGAUUACCUGAAACACCAUGCUUUAAACACAAAGGACUCGUAUUCUACACCACGAGGCUAUACCCUGCAAGCAUGACUCGCCUAGAACUCAUCCAACAUCUCCAAGACAACACUGUAACGUACCAAAGCGAAGAAAGACCAUUACCUACCUACAACCAGAUACUCCACCACCUCCAAACCAACGAAUCCUACUACAGCUCUCCCAUAAGUGUGAUACAACUCUCUCGAAAACAAUUUACCGCACUGAUAAACGGUUUAAGACCAUAACCAACUCAUCCUGCUUGCUGCCUUCUGACACUCCCAGCUCCUGCCGCUGCCUUCGCCAUCCUCUCCUAGUGAGCCAAGCAAUGACAUCAGUCAAGUCUCUCUAUCUACGUCUCCAGUACUUUUGUACCACAUGUCCCAAAGUGGUUGGGCCACUUGCCUUGAUUCUCCUCUUCCCUCCUUCCCAUCCUUUUCCAGUUAUUUCCAUCCUUCCUUAUCCUUCUUCCUUCCCAUCUUACGACAGCUCUCGUCGUCCUCGAAGCGAAGCGAAACUGCCAGUAUCCCAAACCCUUCCUUCAAAGUGCAGGCAUUGUACUUCCCAUUUCCAGGACUCCAGUCCGGCUAUAGAAAAAUAACCAGUUUCCCUGAAUCCUUUCACUAAAUAUUACCCUGCUCACACUCCAAUAGCUUGUCAGGUUCCAAAUACCAUUUGUCUCCAUUCACUCCUAUCUAACACACUCACACACGCUUGCUGGAAGUCCAAGCCCCUCGCCCACUAAACCUCCUUUACCCCCUCCUUCCAACCUUUUCGAGGACUGACCCCUACCCCACCUUCCUUCCCCUACAGAUUUGUACGGUCUCCAUGUCAUUCUACUUUGAUCCAUUCUCUCUAACUGACCUAACCACCUGAACAACCCCUCUUCAGCCCUCUGACUAAUACUAUUAUUAACUCCACACCUUCUCCUAAUUUCCACACUCUGAAUUUUCUGCAUAAUAUUUACACCACACAUUGCCCUUACACAGGACGACAUCACUGCCUCUAGCCGUCUCCUCGCUGCAGCAUUUGCAACCCAAGCUUGACACCCAUACAAGAGUGUUGGUACCACUAUACUUUCAUACAUUCCCUUCUUUGCCUCCAUAGAUAACUUUUUUUGUCUCCACAUGUACCUCAACGCACCACUCACCCUUUUUCCUUCAUCAAUUCUAUGAUUAACCUCAUCCUUCAUAAAUCCAUCCGCUGACACGUCAACUCCCAAAUAUCUGAAAACAUUCACCUCUUCCAUACUACUCCUCUCCAAUUUGAUAUCCAAUUUUUCAUUAUGUAAAUCCUUUGAUACCCUCAUCACCUUACUCUUUUCUGUGUUCACUUUCAACUUUCUACCUUUACACACACACACCUAAACUCAUCCACUAACCUUCGCAAUUUUUCUUUAGGAUCUCCCAUAAGCACAGUAUCAUCAACAAAAAGUAACUGUGUCCAUUCCCGUUUUGUAUUUGAUUCCCCAUAAUUUAAUCCCACUCCUCUCCCGAACACUCUAGCAUUUACUUCUUGUACAACCCCAUCUAUAAUUUUUUUUUUUUUUUUUUCAACAAGUCGGCCGUCUCCCACCGAGGCAGGGUGACCCAAAAAAGAAAGAAAAUCCCCAAAAAGAAAAUACUUUCAUCAUCAUUCAACACUUUCACCACACUCGCACAUUAUCACUGUUUUUGCAGAGGUGCUCAGAAUACAACAGUCUAGAAGCAUACACAUAUAAAGAUACACAACAUAUCCCUCCAAACUGCCAAUAUCCCAAAACCCCUCCUUUAAAGUGCAGGCAUUGUACUUCCCAUUUCCAGGACUCAAGUCCGACUAUAUGAAAAUAACCGGUUUCCCUGAAUCCCUUCACUAAAUAUUACCCUGCUCACACUCCAACAGAUCGUCAGGUCCCAAGUACCAUUCGUCUCCAUUCACUCCUAUCUAACACGCUCACGCACGCUUGCACUACUGUUACAACAAAGUACAAUAUUUAAAUUGCUAAACAUAUUAAUUUUUAU